AUCGCGCAUUCACUCCGACUGUCGUUGACGGAGCUUAUUAUAUGUCGUCUCUCUUCAGCAUGGGAUUCAAUUAGCGCUCACAUCCUGCGUCCUAACCACAGGCUCACCAUGUUCCAGUAUACUGCUCUGCUUGGCGCGCAAUCAAGCUCAAAGGCGUCGCAAUCAAUUCUGGAGCUUGAUGGAGGUAUCAAGCUGCUUGUCGACGUAGGCUGGGAUGAGUCUUUCGAUGCUGAGAUGCUCAAGGAUCUCGAAAGGCAAAUUCCCACUUUAUCUGUUGUGCUACUCACUCACGCAACUAUUGCUCACCUCGGCGCCUUUGCACACUGUUGCAAAAACUUUCCUCUCUUUACCAGAAUUCCCAUAUAUGCUACGACACCGGUCAUAUCAUUGGGAAGAACUCUAUUGCAAGACAUCUACGCGUCUUCUCCUCUCGCGGCCUCAAUCCUUCCACCAUCCGCUUUCUCCGAAUCUACAUACUCAUACGCGACUACUCAAGAUGACAAAAACCCCAACAUUCUGCUACAGCCUCCGAGUGCUGAUGAGAUCGCUGGCUAUUUUGCUCUGAUCAAUCCUCUCAAAUACUCACAACCUCACCAGCCGAUGCCCUCACCUUUCUCUCCACCGUUGAACGGCUUGACUAUUACCGCAUACAGCGCUGGACACACGCUAGGAGGGACAAUUUGGAAUAUUCAGCAUGGUCUGGAAUCUAUCGUCUAUGCGGUGGACUGGAAUCAAGCCAGAGAGCACGUACUAUCAGGAGCUGCAUGGUUGGGUGGCGCGUCCGGCUCUUCUGAGGUCAUCGAGCAACUUCGGAAGCCGACUGCUCUCGUUUGUAGUAGCAGAGGGCCAGCAGCUAGUCAUACAAAUGGUUCUGGAAGAGGUCGAGACGAGAGCUUGUUGGGUCUCAUAAGAGAUGCUGUAUCGAAGGGCGGCUCGGUGCUUAUUCCCUCCGAUUCGAGCGCCCGCGUUCUUGAACUGGCAUAUAUUCUCGAGGAGGCGUGGACUGUUGGCAAUGAUGACGAUAAUCCCUUGCGCGCUGCGAAACUACUUCUAGCCAGCAGAACGUGUGGCUCAACUAUGAGAUAUGCUCGAAGCAUGCUCGAAUGGAUGGAAGAAGGCCUCGUGAGAGACUUUGAGACUGCAAGUGCGAACCCAACGCCACAUGGCAACGGUCGCAGUCGAACUCAGCAGGCUCAGAAUACAGAGAACAAGAAUGUCAAAGCCCCUUUCGAUUUUAGGUAUCUGAAGCUUCUCGAAAAAAAGUCGUCAAUAAUUCGCAAUCUCUCGACGGAACAGCCGGUCGUUAUCAUUGCGAGCGAUAGCUCAUUGAACUGGGGGUUUUCAAGGGACACUCUACGCCACAUUGCAUCAGAUUCCCGAAACAUCAUCAUUUUGACCGAACGCCCAGGCCAAAUCGCGGGCAGUAUGUCACUAGGCAGUGCUCUUUGGCAAUAUUGGAAUGAAGGAGCUGGAAGUAUGAGUAAUUCAGAUGAAGCAACAGUCGUGGAGCCUUCUGGGACGGACCUCGCCACACGGUCGGUAAAAGUGCUGCCGUUGACAGCAAAUGAGACACCUAUAUAUCAGCAGUACCUUGCAAGACAACGGCAGCGACAGAAUGUGGUCCAUGGAGAAGGACCUGGAGCCUCGGCUUUAGAGACAUCAGCAGACGUGAUAGAAGACCAAUCCGACUCUUCCUCGUCAAGCUCAGAGGAUUCGGACGUUGAGCAUCAAGGCAAGGCUCUCAAUGUUUCCGCCACCAUGACUAAUGCACGCCACAACAAACUGGGUUUGAGCGAUGCAGAGCUUGGAAUCACCAUCUUGACUAGGGGCACAGGAGUUCAUGACUAUGAUGUUCGCGGAAAAAGAGGACGAGAAAAGAUGUUCCCUUUCACAUCAAAGAAAAGACGAGGCGAUGACUUUGGUGAGAUGAUUCGUCCUGAAGAAUAUCUUCGGGCGGAGGAACGCGACGAGAUUGACGGCGAGGACAUGCGAUCCGGUGCCACUAAAGAGAACAUCGUUGGCCAAAAGAGACGAUGGGGAGAUUCGAAUCUGUUAUCAGCCCCUGCUGGUUGGCGUGGCCCUGCUUCUAAUACACAAAAAAGGCGCAAGAGUAACGAUGGCAAUAAAGUCGCGCGGCGAGAUGGUUCAAUAGAUGUGGAUGGGGACACAUUGGUUGAGGACGCUCCAGAAGACGUUUCAGAGUCAGACGAGGAUGACGACCGCGAGGGUGUUGACGGACCCUGCAAAGCGGUUUUUGAAGAGGAAAAGAUCAAAAUUGCAUGUCACGUAUCGUUCAUCGAUUUCUCUGGUCUUCACGACAAACGCAAUCUCCAGAUGCUUGUGCCUCUCAUUGCACCGCGCAAGCUAAUUCUUGUGGCCGGCGAGAAGGAGGAAACAGAGGCUUUGGCUGAGGAUUUCCGAAAGCGACUCACUGUCGAGGGUUCAGGCUCGAAGAAUGCGGAUGUGUUCACAGCUAUUGUUGGUCGAACCAUCGACGCGAGUGUCGAUACAAACGCUUGGGUGGUCAAGCUGAGCCAGUCCCUCGUACGCAACCUCCAGUGGCAACAAGUCAGAGGACUUGGCGUAGUGGCAAUCACUGGUCGACUAGAGGCAGCGACGAUCACAAGUGAUGAAGAAGAAGUCAAGAUGAAGAAGAAGCUAAAGACCAGUAGUGGAGAGGACGAUGAUGUUGAAGGAACAGCUCCAGCUCAAGACAACGAAGGCCCCCCUCCCGUGCUAGAUGUCGUUCCUGCUAGCAUGGCUUCUGGAACUCGGACAGUUGCGCAGCCAUUACACGUCGGGGAUAUGAGACUUGCAGAUCUGCGCAAAAUCAUGCAAACCUCGGGUCUCACUGCCGAAUUUCGUGGUGAGGGUACUCUGCUUGUUAAUGGAACUGUGGCAGUAAGGAAGACCGGCACUGGUAGGAUUGAAGUUGAAGGAGCAGGGCAAAGCAUGGCAUCGUUUGAUCCCCGGAGCAUCAAACCUACGUUCUUCGAGGUCAAAAAGAAGAUAUACGAAGGUCUUGCGGUCGUUGCCGGAGGAUAAUGUGCCAGCGCUUUCGUAGGAUGAUCAUUCAAAUGUGAUUGAGCUGGCAGCGUCUCUACUGCGUUGGUACCUAUUGGGAUAUUUACACGUCUCUGAUUUCAACUGCAACUUGUCACAGGCAGGCGCUGGCGACAGAAUAGUACGUGCUGAACGAACAACUUUCACAGUCCUAUGACUUGGCACUAGCAACAAAUGCGAAAGCUGUGGCCGGUAAAUGAUGUGGCAGCACUUAUGGUGACAGAAGCACAAAACUCAUCAUUUACGGUCAUUGGUUGGCUCCUGCGAUAGUUCUUGC